UAGCAUAUACAGACAGACGGGAGCAGCUGACAGUGAAAGACGUCUUAUAGGCUCGCAGCGAUGUGUUCGGUUAAGAAGUGCAAAAAUCCGUAAUACCCGUGCUGAACCGCGUUGAAAUUGAGUGAUUAUCGAUUCUAAUUAGGGUUAACAUCACAGACACUCCACUAUUUUCACCAUGAUCAAGUCUCCGGCAACAUUGCCGAUAAUCAUCGGGAUAUCGCUGCUGAGCAUAGGUAGUGCUUAUAUCUACACCGUCUUGAAGAAGAAGAAAGAACAAAUCGGCGAACCAAAGGAUGAAGGAAGUCUGAACUCCAAGAUUGCCAAACUGGUGCGAAUGAUGAGCAAAGAAGAGAUCAAAGUGGUGGAGAUAACUCUAUCGAAUAAGGUGAUUCCGUUGGUGGUUGGAAGAAAAGGGUUCACGUUGCGACAUAUCCAAGAAAGUACAAAUACCGAAAUACUGUUUCGAGACAAGGAUGGCUCCGUUCAAAUAUGUGAAAUUCGAGGAACGGAAGCCGGAAUUCGUGCGGCAGAGGAUUUGAUCAUGAAAGAAGCAUCACGACAAGUUACGCAAACCGAAGAAAUGCUCGUUCCGCAGACUGCGUGUGGAAAGAUACUUGGACGUUGCGGCGAUGAACUUCAAGAAAUUUGUCGUAAGUCCAUGGCAAAGGUAUGGAUUGACGGAACUAGGACACUUGGCGAAAGUCGUCGCAUAAUGAUCACCGGAACACAGAAACAGAUCAACGCUGCAAAAUCUCUUAUCGAACAGAAGGUGAAGGAUGAUGCGGACUUCAGGAAAAGUCAGGAACAGCUAGACAUCCGCCGUGAGCCACGUAUUCGUACUCCACCGAGCAGUGUCACGACUACUCCGAUUCCAAGGGAAGUUCUCCCGCCAACCAUAGAAAAGCUCAAAUCUACUAGUUCUUCCAAUCAGUUGGAAGUAUUCGUUUCCGCCGUUAUAUCGCCAAGUCGAUUCUACCUGCAACUAGUCGGACCUCAGUCAUCGGAGCUGGACAUUCUCGUAGAUACAAUGACCCAGUAUUACAAUCAACAGGAUAGUCGUGAUCUACACUGUAUACGUAAACCCUACCUGGGUCAAAUUGUGGCGGCCGAGUUCAACGCCGAUGGCAAAUGGUAUCGCGCCGAAGUAAUUGCCAUCUUGCCAAACGAGUUCAAACCAGGAGAAAUAGUGCUAGAUUUGUUCUUCGUCGACUACGGCGAUAAUCAGUAUAUUAAACCAUCCGAUGUGUACGAGCUGCGUCCGGAUCUCCUGGCCCUUCGAUUCCAAGCGAUCGAAUGUUUCCUCGCACAUGUUGAACCCAACAACGUGGUCAGCUCAACUACGGGGGAGGAAGAAUGGGAUCCAUCGGCGAUUUCCAGAUUUGAAGAGCUCACGCAUGCGGCUCAGUGGAAGAAACUACUCUCCCGCAUUGCAACAUAUAAGAAAAAAGGUCACCGUGACAGUCGCGAAAAUCGCGAAGGAUCACCUAUCCCAGGUGUUGAACUGUACGAUGCUACAGCAGAUGGAGGUGAUCUCAACAUUGCACUCGAACUUGUAAACGAGGGUUACGCAAAGGUCAUGCCCAACUUUGGUGACCUAAGUCGAAGUCAUGUGCUGCGCCUGGAUGGAGGAUCGCCGGCAUCCAGCUCCGAACGACUAAAUGACCUUUCUUCAGCAUCGACCACUACUGAUACAAUAUCGUCCAUUGUAACAACGAUAAACACAAGUAGAAAGGCACUGCAAGAAAGUGUCAGCAAGGAAGCUACUUCAACUACAUCGCCUGGGAAAGCAACAUCAAAGAUUGGCACCGCGGAUGCUGCACAUAGCGAAAUGAACCAACAACGAGAUACAACUAAGAAUUUUUCCGGUGUUAAAACGACCUCCAAUGGUAAUCCCAAGACGAGUGAAACAUUUUUGAAAGCCGAAAAGACGAAUUCAUCAUUACGAAACGAAAGUUCAAAUGACGUAACCAAUAAUAGCUAUAGUAAUGGUAAACCGGAUGGAGGCGGUUUACCAACCCGUGAUUGGAAUACGCUCAUAGCAGAAGGGCAACAAAACAAUGGUCUGAUACAUUAGCUUUAGUAAAAGAUACAGUUUUAUCCAAGGUUGCUACCAUUCGUUUGCUUAAAAAAAUGAAAUUAUGAAAUCAUUAGAUGUUAUGAUAAUAUUAUGAACUUGAACUCAAUUUCGCAUUCAGAGAGUCCUGCGAUCACGUCUUCAUGAAAGCGAAAUUGUCAGUUUUUAUUUGUCAAACGCAUACUUUACAACCUCGUCUUGCAACUUACUAGUGCAAAGUAUCAUCAUAACAUCUAAUGAUUUCAUAAUUCCGAAAAACAUUGUUUAUAGCAAAUCAAUGGCAGCAAAAUUGGUUUUAUCAAACAUUGGAUUACAGUUUUCGAACUGUUGCUUAAUUUGAAUUAGAACUGAAUUUAUUUUUCAUUGAAAUGAUACUCGCUUCUUUCGUCAAAUCGGUUAAGGGCCACACACAUUAGAUCCGUUAGCGUUGCGUUGACGUAAAUUUGACAGUUAGACAAUAGAUAUAGCUGUCACUUUGCCGCAACGCGUCCGAUCCGGAUCUAAUGUGCGUGGGCCUUUAUUGUAAAUAGUAUGUAUUUGAUAUCAUACACAUAAUUUUAUUUCCAGUUAUCUAUUACGAGUCCCAAUUUUCGAUUUAACUCAAAUCUUCUCAGUAUCAGUUGUUUUAUGAAUGAUAAGUAUGUUUCUGGCACAUGCAAAUGUUACGUACUUAUGAGAUGAGAAUGAUGAGCAACUAAAUGUAAGAUUACCAAAUUAUCGCUUGUCAUGGUAAUCAUAACAUUGAAAAAUAAGAUGAAAGGAUGAAAAUACAAACAUUAUUUUUGGAAGAGUUAUAAUUCACUGUACCGCAAAGUUUAAAAAACAAAAGAUUUAUUAGACUGUGUGAUACCAAGAAAGAUUCAAUGAAUUUUGUAGGUAGCUUUUGAAUACAAUGUAACCAGCAUAUGGUUGAUGUAAUUAAAUUGAAUAAAGAAAACAUUUGAUGUUAAACAUUAA